AUGUCAGCCCACCUGGUUGAAAAUAAACACACCAGCCAUGGCAUUGAGGAUGACCUGGAGUCUAGUCUUUACAUUGUUUUGUGGGUUGCCUUACUGUGCUCGAAGACUCACUUAACCAUCCCUGCACGAUCAUUACUCAUGAAGCAGGUCUUCAAAGUUGAUGAAUUGGAGGGGGUUGGAUCAACCACAAAAUUGACUUUUCUCAACUCGAGAACACAAUUUGGGGUCAAUGUAUUUGUUGACCGCAAACUGCUCAACAGGCUUAUCCUUGCACUUGCCGAGCUCUUUAUGCUUUGGUAUACUGUGGUAACUCAGGAGGAGCAGAAUGCCUGUGAUGUAACAUGUGCAUACAUGGAGGAGCAGAAGGCUUGUGAUCAAGGAUGCGCAGACGUGGAAGAGCAAGCUUGUGAUCAAGCAUGCACAGACAUGGAGGAGUCAGAACCACCAGGGACAGAACCAGAGACACAAGCAGAUACCUCUUAUAUGAACUACAUCAUGAAGCUCUUGAACACAAAUCCUGCUUACAAGUUGAAGAUGAACAUGGAGAUCUUGAGGUUGCACAACAAGAUCAUAAAAGUUUAUGAUUCUCACCUUCAAUUUGUAAAAUAG